AUGGCCAAAGUCCCUACUAAAGUGGUCAACUGGCUUUACACGGUGAUCCAACCACAUUAUCUCCACAAAGAAAUCGUCUACUCUGACGUCUACCGCUUUCUUGCUGUCCACUUGACGCAUGGUUUCCGCAUCAGAACGGCCGUGUACACGUCUCCGUCCGGCAGAACCAGUCUUCUAAUUGAGCUCUACGGGUCUGUAAGUUGUGCCAAUGGCAGUGUUCCCGUGCAAAUCUGGAUCCCGCAAAACUACCCGUUUGCUGAAGAUUCCGCUCGCUUCGACCCCAACGGUGUCCCUUUGGUUUACGUCAUGCCUCCGCAAGACAUGAUAAUCCGCCUGGGGAACAACGUUGAUCUGCAAGGACGCUUCUACCACCCGUAUCUUUCUCUGUGGCACCAGAAUUACACGCCUGGGCCCGCCAGAAACGACUUUUCGUUGCUUCUGUUGGUGGGAUGCUUGAAAACCACUUUCGAAAAGGAAAUGCCUUUGGCUCUUCGACCGGUCACCACAGGUCCAGCAUUGCCGCCGAAACCGUCUCGUUCCGAAACGAUAUCGCCCCGCCGUGAAACGACAGGACCGCCGCUCCCUAGAAAACCGGACAUUCCCCUCAAAUACAGAGCCCCUCCGCCUCUUCCUCAGCAGGACCAGACUUUGUCAGGGCAGACUACGCCAGACCAAAAUAUGCGGUCAAGGCAUAAUCUGCCCGAGAAAUUCAUGGCCGAGGAGUAUCGCACACACGAACAAGGCCGUCCAUCGGAGAGAGUGGCCUUUGAGAACUAUCGCAUGGAAGAAAAUAAGAGUAAAGACAGCGACAACUGGAGAGACAGCGACAACUGGAGAGACAGCGACAACUGGAGAGACAGCGACAACUGGAGAGACAGCGACAACGAGAGAGUCAGCGACAAUCGGAAAGACAAAGACAAUGCGUCAUUUGUCCCGCAUCCGCACAAGACACCCGAGGUCGAGGAUCUUAUGGACAAGAUCUCCACGGAACACAGUGACGGAAAUGUUCCUCGGCAAGUUUUGGAACAGAUCGCCCAGCAAAUCAAUGCUGUCCUCGCAGACCCUGUGGGUGUAAACCACCUGGUACAAGAAAUUAACGGCCUUUCUCAUAAAGUGGAGGCGCUCCACUCCCAGCUUCUGCACCACAACAUGCAAGCAGAGGCCAAUAGCAAAAACCUCGAGGGCCAUGUUUCCUAUCUCCGCACACAGAUCCAGGCCAUCACCGAUUUGAACCGGACUUUAGGCGAAUUGGACGUGGUGAAUACAGAAGACCCCGAUAGAAUCACCACAAGCUUGGAUCCUAAAGUUUCUGUGCCGUUGGAAGAGCUUGUAUCUGCAGAUCUGGCGUUGGUGCACCAGCUUUACAAUGUGUGUGCUGAUAUCAAAGCCCACAAAGAUACCAUCAAUCUUGUUGCAGGAAACUUCCGCUCUGAAGCCGAACUUAUCAGCGACUCGAACAUGGACGCUUGCAUCAAGGCGGUCCGUAACCUCGCCCGUGAAGCUUUUUGGCUUGAAAUCGAAAGAGCAGAAAUCGGCAAGGCUAUGGGUUUACAGUAA